UGCCAUUCACAUAAUCUAUUCACUUCAAGUAACUUCAUACAUUAGUAAUUCCUUAGUCACGCGGAACUCCGGCUCCAACGUCAUCGGUCCUCCAAACCACGAUCUUGCCAGAAAACUUCCCCAUUCUCAUUCCUCAUCUGCACACAGACAGACAGAAGCAGCAAGAAAGAUGACAAACCCAUUCCUCCUCCCGGCCAUAAUUCUCCUCGCGAUUGUUUUCGUGCUGCUACUACCCGUCCUCAACGGCAUCGGAUCCUACAAACUGACGCCAUCCGCCUCUUCAAAAACUCCCGCCGGCGCCCGCAAAAAGCACUUUACAACCUCCGACUCCGACGACGACGACGCCGAUGACGACGACACAAGCUCUGCUGUGACAUCCGGACGGAGUAGUAGCGGGUCUAGCGCCGGGCGGUUGAAAUUCAAGCUUGCGAACGGCAAGGCAAGGAAGAUUAAACGGGCGUUAAACUCGCGAGCGGAGAGGGAUGAGGAGGAGAGUGAUGUUGAUGACGACGUUUUGCUUGAUGAUCAGGCGUCGCGGCUGCGGAAGGUGCGGACGACUAAGUCUAGGCCGGUCGCUGCUGCUCAGCCUGGGCAGUACGCAAACUACGAGGUCUAGAGUAUGUAGCAGUACCAAACUACGAGGAAGAGUAUGUAAAUAGCAGUUGUAUUAUAGACAUGUUAAUAAACAAAACAAUUAU